ACCAAAAUUCUGUCUUCCUCAAUAUCUUUCGUUCAUUUUUUCUUGUUUCCUCCUCUCCUUUUUACGUUUUUAAAACAAAUAUCAGCAAUUAUAGUUUAUUCUGUUGACCAGAUUAAGCUUUUUUAACGUACAACUUUUCACUUUUAACGAAAUCCUUUCUUAAAUAAUUUUUUUCCUGUUUUUAAAAAUGGUCAAGUUUGCUUCUGCCCUUUUCCUUGCUUCCCUUUUUGGUGCUUUUGCUAGCGCUCAGCCUGUUGUCGCUGAGGCCCUGGCUCCCCGCAACCUCGUUAUUGUGACCGUUUACGAGACCGUCUAUGCCACUGCCGUUGCCGCCGCCAAGCCCACUUCCUCGGUUUCCGCCAUUGCUGCCAAGCCUACCUACGCAACCACCCAGGCUGCCCCCGUGGCUCACGCUGCCAAGACCACCGUGGCUGCCGCCUACACCACCGCCUCCAAGCCUACUUACACUGCCCCCAAGCCCACCUACACUGCUCCCGUGUCCAACGACUGGAGAACCGAUAUGCUGGCCAAGAUUAACGCCGUGCGUGCAUCUGCCGGAAAGAGUGCUUUGAUUAUGGACACUACCCUGAACACCGUUGCACAGUCGCACUCAGAGUACGAGAACUCCAUUCACUCGAUGACCCACAGCGACCCUAACGGCACCCUCGGCACUCGUCUUUCUUCUCGCCAUAUUGCCUGGAAGGGCGCUGCUGAAAACAUUGCCUGGAACCAGCAGGAUGUUGCUAGCGUUAUGAGCGCGUGGACCAAGAGCUCCGGCCAUUAUGUUAACAUGGUUGGUGACUACACCCAUGUUGGUUUUGGCCAGGCCGGUCUGUACUGGACUCAGGAUUUCUACAAGGCUUAAAUGUUUUUGAGCUUAUUUUCGAAAGAAAAAAUGUAAUGUUUGUAUAUCUUUUUUACAAAAAAAUAAAAAAAAUUGUUGAUAUGAAAAAA